AUGAAUCGCGGACAACUAGCUUCACCGCCAAUAUCGAGCGACUCCAACGGUACAAUGAAUGGGGGAGAUUUUCCACCCAGAGGCAGUUCAGGGGGCGGCAGCCCUGGUAACCCAUCCCCUCCAAGCUCCGUCGGUCGUUCGAGUAUUGGCACGGGUAUGUAUGCAGGGAGCGAAAAUGGUCAAGACAAGAAAGAUGAACAAUUCGAGGCCAUACUAUCAGAACAUUACGUUUCAUUGAGACGAUACCUGGCGGCGUCCCUGCGAGAUGAGAAGGGAAAUCCUAGACCCAACAGAGCGCGAGACAAGUUGUUGCGAUUAUCUCCCGUUCAAUUUCAAGAGCUUAGUACCGAUGUCUUUGACGAACUUUUACGAAGGCAGCAAGCAGGGAGUAGGACUCCAAAUGGACAGAGAAAUGACCAAUCGCCGCCGCCGUACUUGUUGCCAAAAAACACGUUCCACCCCAAACGAAAUCAGGCCCGUCAGAAAUUAUCCACGCUUCCACCGCCGAGGUUCAGAGAUCUUGCUACGGAUGUAUUUUAUGAAUUAGAGCGAAGGUUCCCCCAAUUUACUGCAGGAGAUAGAAGUCGCAUGGGCAGUCCUGUCUCCACAAGAGGACCCCCAAGUAGGAAUGGAAAUGGCGCACCUAUGGAUCUGCCACCCAGAGGCCCAAGUCGUAUGCGCCGGCCCUCGGACGCCAGCUCCAUAGGGCCUUACUCAAUGAGGAGCGAAUCACGCAAUGGAUCAAGGAUGCCGCCGCCAAAUGGUCCGAAUGGUAGUUUGGGCGUACCUCCUUCGCCUGGCAUGCCGCCUAACGAUUACGGUCGGCCGACACCAAAAACUUUUCAAAGCAACACGAUUGUACCGAACAAAAGCACUAUGGUUGAAGAUGAUGAAAGUGGGCCAGAAGAUAAUGACGACGAUGAUGGGGAUGCCUUUGGGUUAGAGGGAGCUGCUAGGAAUCGAGACCGUAAGAAGAGCACUGGAAGUUUAGACGCCGAUAAAAAAAUUAUCGAUGAUUACCAAUCUCAAAUAGCAGAACUUCGAGAGCGGCUCGAUUCCAUGGAGGACGACUUGAAACGAAAGGAUGACGAACUAAAUAUUGUUAUGGAUCAGCAAAGGGAGAGAGAUGUUGCAGUAGAUACGGACAAGAAGGAUUGGGAUGAGGUGAGGAUGGAUCUCGAGAACAAGCUUGCGGAUGCACAAAAUCUCAAUGAUACUCUGCAAUCAGAGCUUGACCGGGUACGGGAAUCACAGGCUAGUUUAGAUAGAGAGUUAAAGUCCCAGAUUGAAGAGCUUCAAAUUGCUCUUGUAGAUGCUGGCAAAGGCGGAUCUAGCGAUGCAGAUCUGGAACGGGAAAACGAAGAGCUCAAAGCCGAACUCAGAGAGCAACAAGAAAUUACCGAGGAAGUCAGAGGUGAAGCUCAGGAGUUUCUUCGCGAAAUGAGGGUGUUGUCCGAACGAAGUACUGCAUCUUACAACCGGGAGGAACAACUCGAAAUUAUGGUCAACAAGCUAGAAGAUGAAGUGAAAGAGUGGAGGAACCGAUAUGCAAAAACGAAGACGCAGCUACGCAGCUUAAAAACAUCUUCUAUUGGCCUUCCAAUACAAGACGCAGCCAAUUAUGCAAAGGACAAUGGGUUUACGGCGGAGGACGGCCUUGUCAAGGAUGUCCAUGUUACUAAAUUUCAGCUGUCGAUUGACGAACUUUUGCAGACAGCGCGCUCCAGCGACCCUGAAAGAGUCAUCGGAUCCAUGAAAAAUGUAGUUAUGACCGUGCGACAAAUCUCUCAAGAUAUUGAUGAAGCACCGCCAAAUAAUGAGGAAUUAGCCCAAAAGCAGGCCAGGCUUAAGUCCAGGCUCUCAGCAACAGCAAAUAAUCUAAUCACCGCAUCCAAGAACUUUGUUGGCGCUAAGGGGCUGUCACCUGUUUCAUUGCUCGAUGCAGCUGCAUCUCAUCUAACUACCGCAGUAGUAGAACUUGUCCGGACGGUGAAGAUCAAACCUACACCGGCAGGAGAGUUAGAAGAUAACGAUGAUGGUAAUGUGGCUCCAGUUCAAGCAACAGUACCUGCCUCAGUAACAGCUCAAUCUUCUACGGGAGGAGGCUUUUUUGGGUCUAAGCCUGCAACAACUGAACCCAAGCCCGCUAAAGCUGGGGGCAUUUUCGGUUUCUUCACGUCACGUGAAGCAAAGCAAGGGAACGUUCCGCCACAGCAAGAAGCAGUUCAACCACAAAAAGAGAAUGUUCCGCCACAGCAAGGCAAUACCAGGCAGAGCAUGGAUGCACCGCGACAAAGUCUAAGCGCCGAUGAAAGACAAAGCGAGGACUCACAGAGGCAGAGCUUAAACGGCUACGUCCCUGGUCCGUUCCUUGGUCUACGGAACGGUCGUGCUAGCACCGAUUCAUCUAUGUAUAGCCCAAUCAAUUCUCCUCGCGAAUCUAUUGUUCUUCCGCAAACUUCCGGUAUGGUCUCUCUGAAUGCGGCUCAACCUAAUUCUGCGGAUACCCCCUUGAGCCCAAUGACCAAUGGCGCUGAUCCUAUGAUUGGAAAUGCUAAACCACUUCCACUAGCACUUCAAACACCCCCAGGUCCUCCAAGCCAUCCUCCAAGCCCCAUACCAGCUCCAAUGGGUAUAUAUCUUGAAGAUCAAACUGCACUCUUGGUCCAGAACAUCCAGUCUCUAGUCUCGUCUAUCCGUUCAGAAGGUGGUAUAGAUGCUAUUUCUACCCAGAUCGACGCAAUUGCCAACGUUGUCGGCGAAGUUGUCGCUUCGACUGAGGAAGCCAUGAUAAACAACCCAGCUCUCCGCUCCCAAAGUCAACCGGUCUUGGCGAAGCUUUCUGAAUGCAGAAGACGUAUCAUGGCUGCAGGAGAAGAGGGUAGAGAAAUCGCAAAUGAGGUGAGAGGGGAUGAGGGUGGUGAUGCAGAAUGGAGAGCCUGGAACCAAAGUUUACCGCCUAUCGCGUUUGAAAUCGCUCGAGAAACCAAAGAGUUGGUUCUCCGAGUCGAUGUUCUUGAUGGGGAAGGUGGUGGGGAUGAUGAUUUCUCAUGA